GUGCAGUGUUAAGGACGCGUUGGUUUCAAAGACGGUGUUGUUGAACGUGCAGUAAAUUAGCUUUCAUGUGAUGUAUGUAUCCUGUGACCCUUUCAAUCAAACGGGAAGAGGCGAGUCGGAAGAACGUGUUUCCUAACGGUAUCCACGAUGAAAUAAUUUACGUAAUUCUUUUCUGAUCAAGAAAUCGGAUAAAGAUAUUGAUCAAGGCAAACCGUCACGACAGGUGCUGCGAGUCGGCGAGGGCUCUCGACCACUCUCAUAACCCGGCGAGCUGUGUGCGGAGCGCAUUGGCUAUCUGGAAACGACACUCACCAUUAAGGAGUCUCCGUUGAAGCCAUUCUUGCCGCGGCAGUGCUGCAGAGUUGUCGCGCCAACUGGAGGCACAGCUCCUGAUAAGAGAGCGGAUAUCGGAAAAGAGAUUUGAGGGCUCUCACCGCUGGCUUCGUGUGUUUUUCUUAGUAGGAAGCGUUGCCACUUUCCGGCCUUUUGCUGCAGGUAUUAGAUACCUAUAGUGUGGCACGAGUCUUAAGUAUUGCCAGCUACCUUUGGAGACAUAUGCGACUGAUUUUGCAGUGACGCUGUGGAUACUUUGCUCGCCUCCAGCAGGCAAACUAUUAGUUUUGUGAUAUACUGUGCUUGGUGUUUCUGCUUGGAUUAACGCCAGUGAAUCAAGGUAAUUGUUAAUAUUAUUCAAUAUAUGGUAUUGAGUAUUUAUCUCGUCUCCAUAACUGUCUUAGUGUGUGUUACCUUAUGAAAUUGCACUUCGUACAUACAAAAGGAAAAUCUCUGAGAAAAGGACGGUAUUUCGCCGACGAACGCUUCUCCUAACACUCUUGGACUCGUGUAUUUAAGCUCACAUCACGGUGUUCUACGCUUCGCCAUGUUCUUUAACACAAGAUUCAGCUUAAAGAAUACCUCCCUUGAAUAAUUACACAUAACCUAAGACAUUCAGUCAAGACAUUGACUGUCUUUAUUAACCACUGAACGGAGACAGCGGUUCUCGUGAAAGACAAGACUGUAGGUUUCAUUAAACUGGGAUAUUAACAACUUGGAAUCGGAGUGUGCCCUGCUGCACACAAUGUGAAGGGACGCCCGUGUGUGGACUGCACGGACUUGUGGACCUCGAUGUCAUGGAAUAUUUCAUGUCUACAUGAUGGUCGUUGUGGUGGACAGACGGGGCUCUGACGCGUUGUCCGGCGUUGUUAGUCAAGAAUAAACACUUAAAAGACAUUGAUAAAACGUUGAUGACAUCGUGUGUCCUGUCAGGAUUCCUUUGGAAGAGCUCACACGUAGUCUCAUCCUAUUGACGUCAGUGCUUAUCAACGUCAAGCGUCGCGGUAACGUUAUAGCCUCAUUCUGGUCUUUUGACGUCGCAACCUUGCCCUUGCGGACCGGGGGAUAGCGGCCAACCUGUAGUCACGGAUCAUUCAGACUGACGUAUUUUUCCUGGAAUGACCUGUAUGGCAUUUGUUGAUGCUUGGUAGGAGUUGACGUUGAGCUUUCGUGUUUAACAAACAGUUGAGUGCUCAUCGAGUGUGUGUUUACGAAGAACAGGUUCGAAAAUUAUGAAAUAGCUAAAAUACGGCUGUUAUUCUUGUGGAUGUACGACACGGGGGACGCGUGACGUCAUUACGGGGACUUCGUGCUACUGAAGCUGGUUCACGGAUCCCUGAUAUGAAACGCAAGAUGACUUCUAUACGUGAUUGAAUGAAGCGGAAGGAUUUCCUCGGCCAUCAACAUACUGAGUAUUAAUACUGAUUUGAUACUGUGAGUACUGACAGAAAACAUCCUCGAAAGGAGAUUAAUAGUUAUUUCGGCGUGUCUGACUUAUCCACAUUUCUGCGGGACCAAAUAUUGACCACAAGUUUGUUGAACUAAUUUCUCAGCCAGAGCUUAGGAUCUGGUAACGGCGAAGAGAGCUGCUUGUGGAAUUAGUCACUCUGUGCGCCGUGAGACAUCAUGCUGUGAUGGACGGCAUGAUCGACAAUAUAUCGGCAGAUUCAAAGAUGGCGACCACCGACAUGUCUACCACGCUAAACUCAACAUAUCAUUCUACCCCUCCCCCCAUGAUGAAGAAAUACCUGUUUCUACCAAUGAUGUUCCCAGGACAAUACUCGGUUCCGAUAAAUGGUUACAUCUCGCCGAUUCUUGUAUUCCUGACAAUCAUCAACAACACCUUGGUGUGCGUUGUUCUCUUGAAGCGGCACAUGCGAUCUCCUACCAAUGUACUCCUAGCUGCCAUGGCGAUCUCCGACAUGUUGACCGGGGUAUUCCCCGUGCCAAUAUUCAUCUACUUCUUUGGGACAGAACGGUUUCGAGAAAUUGUACCGUAUGAAUGGUGCUACGCAUAUAAGUACUUAUCGGAAUAUAUACCAAUCAUUUUCCACACUGCAUCUAUUUGGCUAACAAUGGCUCUUGCCAUUCAAAGAUAUAUCUAUGUAUGUCAUUCGUUUCGAGCGAGGACGUGGUGUACCAUACCGAACGUUAUCCGAGGGACGGUUGUUAUAUACCUUAUAGCCAUAUUAAGUCAACUAUGUAGGUUCUUCGAGGAGGAGAUAACUCCAGUUGCGCUUCCCUCCGAGCUCCACCUAAAUCAGACUGUGAUUGGCUGUGAGUUCGGCCAUCGGAAGUGGGUAGUAGGAAAGUUAGAUAUAUAUUAUAACAUCUAUUUUGGGUUUCGGGUGAUUUUCAUCCAUCUAGUACCAUGUAUCUCUCUAGUCGUCAUGAACGCGUUGUUAAUCUACGCCAUGCGUUGUGCGCAACGUCGGCGCAUGCAGUUGUUACGUCAGAACAAAAAAAGCGAAUCCAAAAAGUUGAAAGAUAGCAACUGCACGACGUUAAUGCUUGUGGCAGUCGUGGGGCUGUUCCUCCUUGUGGAGUUCCCCCUCGGUAUACUAAUGAUCAUUAUGAUUGUGGAAAAUACGUUCGGCGUUUCCAUCAUCGAGAGGGAGACAAUGAACAUUCUCUCCCUCAUGUCCAACUUCUUUAUCCUCCUGAGUUACCCCCUCAACUUCUUUAUUUACUGCGGAAUGAGUAAACAGUUCCGGGAGACAUUUAAACGCCUGUUUACUGGAGGCCAAGUUCAGCUUGAUCGUGACUACUCGCAGUAUAUGACCUUGCCAACAGAAAAUGGCAGAACGGCCGUCACUGGUGACGAGACCGCGCUGUAGGUCGACAUGGCCUGAAUUACGAUCAUUACUGAAAAUCAGACUAGUUGAUGUGGUUCCGGAGUUGCUGGACCAUUGCAGGCGACGCCCCUGUUUGGUGUGACGUUAAGAAUAACGACGACGUGUUUUAUUCACGGAACAACCGCCAGGACUUCAAAGGGCUUUCUGUUUGUUAUGGAAAUAUUUUUGUGAAGAAUAAGUGACUUGUGUCCUCCUUGCCAUUGGAACAUGAACCAUGAAUACAAUGGACCAGGUUCUUCAGAAGGAUACUGACGUACCUGCUGGUUUUUCCUAGUGCUACGAAUGUUGACAGACACAUCGGUGUGACUGCACAAAUAUGGACAAAUCUAAGUUUUGUACGCUUUUUCUUUGCAAGAUACGCCGUGACAUGCUUCAAAAAUGACCUAUAUAUUGUAGCGCGUGUUUGAUUCCUUUUUCCUUCUCUGUUGCCAUGACUACAACUUUCAAAACGUCACCCGAACGGAAACCUAUUCAUCAUGCCAAUCCAAGGACAAAUGUGAACCACAGCUUCGAUAGUCGUCAAGUGUAGACUAGUAAAGCAGUAGAAAAUAGCAGGCUGAUUUAUCUCACUUUGGUACAGCCUUGACCCCUCUGUACCUCAAAGCGAGGCCAGUUUGGCGCCCUGUAAUCAGCCUGGUAUUGGACUGUUUUCAUGGUCUCGUCGCUGUAUAUUAUCAUGCAAUCACCUCACAAUAACAACAGACUUUACCUUUCAUGAUAAUCAGUAUCUUUCAUGAUAAUCAGUAUUAUAUGAAAGUUUUGAAAGUGUUUCCUAUGAAAGCAUGUUAUAUAUCUACAUACUUGUUGACAGGUGUCUUACUCGCCAGAGUGUAUAUACAUAAAUAUAUUACAUACAUAUAUUAUAUAUUAUAUCUAUAUCUAUACAUAGGUGUGCCCGUCUUCUUUCUCUGCUGCCUGUCGUUGUGCCAAUAAACUAUUUAAACCUUG